AUGGCUUCCAAGCGCAAGGUCGACGAUUUCAUCUACACCCUUUCCGACAAUGAAGAGCUUCCUAAUGAGGAAGAAGAGAUACCCGAGCCGAACCCACCAAAAAAGAAGGCCAAGAAGAGUAAGAAAUCUGCCCGCUUAGAAGAGGAAGAAAAUGGUAUAUGGGGCAAGAAAGAUGAGGACGAUGGAGCUAUCGACUCCGAUUUCGAAUUCGCCGAAAAUGUCACUACCGAUUUCAGAACAGAGGAUUUCGAGGGCUGGGGUUUCGAUGGCGCAAAAAAGGGCAUGGACCGAAAUACUCAAAAGAGAGUCGUCGACGUCGAUGAGAUCGUACGAAGACGGAGGGGUAAUAUAGAUGAUGGCGCGCAAGCGAAUAAUAAGAAAGAAGAGGCAGUCAAUGGCGUUAGCGACGUUGAUGGAGAAGAGGAUGGGGAUAUCGAAUUUGAUGACGAGGAUGACGAAGUCUUAGCUGCAGAUGGUUUUGGUAUGGGUGCUGCUUCGGAUGAAGAGUCUGGUGAUGAUGCAGCGGAGGCUGAAUCGGAUCGGGACGAAGGCGAUGAAGGAGAUGAAGGCGAUGCUUCCGAUAACGAUUCUGUCGCGACGCCAGUUGGUCAUCCCGACGAUGCUGUCGAAUCGGACGAUACGGACGACGAGGAAGAUCCCGAGGAAGCUGCAAAGAGAGCUGCUUUCUUCGCCCCCGAAGAGAAAAAGUCGAUAGGAAAUCAGAAGGGAAAGUCAUCUUUCCAAAAUAUGUCUCUCUCACGACCCAUUCUGCGCGGCCUCAAUUCCGUUGGCUUCAACGAACCCACCCCGAUUCAAGCGAAAACAAUACCACUCGCAUUAGAGGGCAAAGAUUUGGUCGGUGGCGCUGUCACAGGAUCUGGAAAAACUGCCGCGUUCGUCGUCCCCAUCCUAGAGCGGUUACUUUACAGGCCGAACAAAAUCCCUACAAGUCGCGUUGUUAUCUUGACCCCUACCCGAGAACUUGCUAUCCAGUGUCACGCUGUCGCCACUAAGCUCGCGAGCCACACGGAUAUCAAGUUCUGUCUGGCAGUAGGUGGGUUGAGUUUGAAAGUCCAGGAGGCGGAGUUACGUCUAAGGCCCGAUGUUGUUAUCGCGACCCCGGGUCGAUUUAUCGAUCACAUGCGUAAUUCGGCGAGUUUUUCGACGGAUACAGUGGAAAUUCUGGUUCUUGAUGAGGCCGACCGAAUGUUAGAGGACGGUUUUGCAGACGAGUUAAACGAAAUCCUUACUACUUUGCCCAAGUCUCGACAGACGAUGCUAUUCUCGGCCACUAUGACUUCCUCCGUCGACCGACUCAUCCGCGCCGGUCUGAAUAAACCGGUCAGAGUAAUGGUGGACUCUCAGCGGAAAACAAACGACAAGCUCGAGCAAAAGUUCGUUAGGCUAAGACCAGGCCGAGAAGAGAAAAGGAUGGGCUACCUCAUCCACAUUUGCAAAACGAUGCACACUGAACGGGUCAUCAUAUUCUUUAGACAAAAGAAAGAAGCGCAUCGUGCUCGGAUCAUUUUUGCCUUGUUCAAUCUAUCUUGUGCCGAAUUACACGGAAGUAUGAACCAAGCUCAGCGUAUAUCUAGUGUCGAGUCUUUCCGUGACGGCAAGGUCUCAUUCUUGCUUGCUACGGACCUAGCUUCACGUGGUCUUGAUAUCAAGGGAGUAGAUACCGUUAUCAACUACGAGGGUCCCCAAACUGUCGAGAUCUACGUUCACCGUGUGGGACGUACCGCUCGAGCGGGGCGGUCGGGUGUCGCCAUCACGCUCGCCGCAGAACCUGAUCGCAAAGUAGUCAAAGCAGCGGUGAAAGCAGGAAAGGCGCAAGGAGCUAAGAUUAGUAGUUUGAUUAUCGAUCCGGCCGACGGCGAUAAAUGGCAGGACAAGAUCGAUGAGAUGGCAGAUGAAAUAGAGGCUAUUGCCAAGGAAGAAAAAGAAGAGAAGCAAUUGGCGCAGGUGGAGAUGGAAAUCAAGAAGGGCGAGAAUAUGGUUAUUCACGAAGACGAGAUCAAGUCACGGCCGAAGCGGACGUGGUUUGAAACUCAGCACGAUAAGAAAAAGGCCAAGGAUGCUGGUAGGACGGAGCUGAACGGACUAAAGGAAUCGUUGAAGAGAAAAGGCAACGGCAAGCUUAGCAAUAAGGAUAAGAAGAAGCUAGACGCGAAGUCGGUUCGGACCGAAGGCAUGUGGAAGAAGGGCUCUGCCGAGAGAUCGGGUAAGGGUGCCGUUCUCAAUUUCAAGAACGACAAGAAGAAAAAUAAUGAACCGAAACUCGUCGUCGGUGACAAAACUUAUAAUCUCCCCAAUAUUAGGUACCUUGGCCAAAACAGGUCAUCUCGAUCGCUCCUACAAUACUUAUUCCCGCAUAGUCUACGCGAACGGUACCGCGAGCGCAUCCUUGGCUUUCACCUCGAUACACUUCCCUACUACAAGCACCGCAUCCAGAGUCGCGUAUAUCGUUUUAUCCUCGACAGCCAGCGCCGUCGCCGUGAGCAGUCGCGUCUCGUCGACCACGCGCGACGGCUGCUUCUGGGGUUACCGCCACCUGGCAAUAAACGUGCGAAGGAUGGAUCUAGAACUACGACGGGUAAGAUGAGUUACAUGCCUGAAAAUGGCGUGGGUAGCGGAAAUUACGGUGUCGAAGGCGGACGCGAAAGGGGCGCGAGGAGAAAGAAGCUCGCGGCAAUGGCGGGCAGCAUGUAUAGAGCUACCACAACAGCUGUGAAUGAGAUUAGGGAGUCAUAUAACCAGACAAGAUCAAGAGAGUUCGAUACGCCAAAUAUCACAAUUCCCGGAUCCUUCCCUGAUGUGGCUUUCGUAACAAAGGGGAACGAGCAGAUGGUUCUAUUUCCGACGUAUGCGAAGAGGCAUGUCAAGACCCAACCGAGACAGUUUGAAAAUCCAGGAGGACCACCCCCUACCUCGACUGUGGGCAUGAAUGAACAGGAAUACUGGAGGAAUGAGUGGUCACGACACGAGGACGAGAAGGCGAUCGUAGACGUCGAUGUUCGAGGCUGGAUAUACAACCCCCACAGAGGCCCAAUGACGCGGACUAAUAGAUUAUGGAUCGGGUUGGCAAGACAAUUGAGCGGUAUACCAGUUCCAAGGGCUCAGCAGCCCGACCCAUCACCUACUCCAGAGCCUUCGUUGGGAAGGUUGCACCAAAAGCACGAGGAGGAACGUGAGCAAGAGAGUAUCGCACGAGAAGCAAGGGAAAUCGAGCGCAGAGGUAAAGCUGAAGAAGAAGCUGCACAGAGAGGGAAGUACAGCGAACGUCCGAGGGAUGAGAGUUCCGAUGUCGAAGGAAGCAGACGGCGCCUACGCCAACAAUCGCAAAAUGGUAGUCGAUCACCUCCAUCAGCGCCAACGUCUCCUAUUCUCAGAGGACGUACAAACACAACAGCAGGAUCCGAGCUUACAGAAGCUGAACUCGCCGUUGCGAAUGCGAACCUAAUGGCUCGAAUAGCUCCAUUUUUGACAACGCCAUUAGUUCAACUACCCAUUACAUUAUUCUUCUACAAUGAGUCGCAAGUUCAAUCGCGCACUGUUACGACUAAUGAUGCGGGUCAUUUCUCAACCAGAGUACCUCUCGACUUCGUACCAACGCACGUGCGCGUAUUCGUGAACGAGGAUAUCUCCUGCGAAGAGCCUGUGCAGAUCAUCGAGCCGAAGGGCGUCAGCCUAAUCAGUGAUAUCGAUGACACGAUCAAACAGUCCAAUAUCGCGCUGGGCACCAAGGAAGUUUUCCGGAACACAUUUGCGCGUGAGUUGCGUGAUCUAACUAUCGAUGGUGUUCGCGAUUGGUAUGGCGCGCUACAUGACCUCGGCGUACGCGUUCAUUACUGCUCAAAUAGUCCAUGGCAACUAUACCCGGUUCUAGCCACAUUCUUCAAAUUAGCAGGCCUUCCGCCAGGGUCGCUACACCUCAAGCAGUACACCGGCGUACUUCAGGGAAUCUUCGAGCCCGUAGCUGAGCGCAAGAAGGGCACGUUAGAAAGAAUCAUGAGGGAUUUUCCGGAACGGAAGUUUCUGUUGGUCGGCGAUAGCGGCGAGGCGGAUCUCGAAGUAUAUACCGAGCUAGCAGUUGCAAAUCCGGGGAGGAUUGUUGCAAUUUUUAUUCGCGAUGUUACAACGCCCGAACAGACAGGUUAUUUUGACUCUGGGAUCAAUCGGAAGUUUUCCGAAUUAAAUAUUGGCAAAAGCGAUGACCCGCCCCGAAGACCCCCGUUGCCGCCCCGAAUAACAACCACACCAAAACCCUCUAACGAGCCUGAUACGGGCGACCUGAUUGAUCUUUCAGAAGACCCACCACUAGAACCGCUCCGUAAAGUCAAGUCGGACUCAAAGGUAGUGGCUAAGCCUGUAAAACCUACAGAUCUGUUGGCGCGCAAGCCACCGCCACCAAAACCGGCGAAGCCGAGCUCACUGCAGAGCACGUCGGCUGUUCCUGUGCUUACGAACAGCAGUAAUAGAGAUGCGCUCAAUAAGAAACCCCCGCCGCCAGCACCGCGGAAAACUAGCCAGCCAACAACCAGUAAAUCAAUGACGCCGAGCCCACUAGCGCAAAUGCAGAGAUCGGUUGAUCAGACAAGCGCAAACGAGAAGAUGGCAUUAGUAAAGACCCGGACUAACGGCCAAACCACUAACAACUCCAACUCCAACUUAGGCUCGUCGAAAAACAUCUUGCUCCCUCCCCCACCUCCACCCCCACCCCGGCGCAAAGCCACGUCGUCCGGUUCUACGACGGCUAGAUCGAGCCCCAGCCCCCGUCUCGCGGCGGCCAAUAACAGCUUCGGCCUGAACAGGAGGCGGACGGAAGGGUCCGAUGCAGAAUUCGAGGCGCUGCCGCUUGCCGCUAGCGGCACAUUUUCUACCACUGGCGGCGGUAGUAGCAGUACUGGGAGCCUAACCCCUCCAGCCGCCGCGGUGAACAAGAAGUUGGAUAUGUGGCGCCGCAGGCUGCAGCGCGCGCAGGAGACGCUGGAGAGGCAGGGCGUUAAGCUUUAUACGUGGCGCCGCGGGGAGGAGGUGGUGGAUGAGGCAGUGGGGAUUGUGAAGGGUUGUUUGAGGGAGAUGGGUGCGAGGUAGGGAUGGUGGGGGUUUGUAUAUUUACUUGUGUGUAAGUAUCUAAGUAAGUAUAAACGUGGCGGCAUAAGGGA